UGUGUCUCUCUCCCUCACCCCCCCUGUUUUUGCCUCGUCAGAGUGAUCACUGGUCUGUGAUUAGGGCCAAGACCGGGGCGGGUGCACAAAGAAGAAAGCAAGCAAGCGUUGGCUGAUUUGUUCAAUUUUAUGUGGUUCUAACACCCCUGUUGUCCAGUCUAACAGGAGAACCUCUCAGAUGUUACACCUGACCACUGGGCGUUUAGGAAGCCUGCUGUCCAGGAGGGCAGUGGUGGCACUCAGCUGCAGCAGUGUAAAGAUGUCAACUCAUGGACAUGAGGUGUCAGAGCAGGCGGACAUGUCUUUGCCCAUGUACUGGGAUCGACUGGACACUCCCCUGCCAGAUAAACCAUACCAGGACACCCUUACUGCUGCAGACAAGAGUCUCAAACAGAAGGAGAUGGGACCCUGGACCAACCUCUCAAAGGAGGAGAAACUAGCUCUGUACAGGCUGAUGUUUAAGGCCACAUAUGCAGAGAUGAGGAAGCCAAGCAGUGAGUGGAAGACUGUCAUGGGAGGAAUCUUCUUCUUCAUUGGGGUCACUGGCCUGGUUGUCCUCUGGCAGCGUUUCUAUAUGUACCCUCCUCACCCUCAGACCCUUGAUGAUGAGUGGAAGGCUAAACAGGUGAAGAGGAUGCUGGACAUGAGGAUAAAUCCUGUGGAGGGCUUCUCUUCAAACUGGGACUACGAGAAGGGCCAUUGGAAAUAGAGACACAGCAAAAACGCGAAGGGUUUUCAGAUAAUAGACAUGGAUAAAAACCUGGAAACUCAAUCUCAGUGUUGCUGUAUAUCUGUCCAUCCUUAAAACCAUAAUUAAUCUAAUGUGAAAUAAAUUCACGAAAUGAUGAAAAGGAUAUUCUCAUCUUAUUUCUUAUUUAAAGCACAUCUGGUGUGGCUAUAGUUUGGCAGGUAGAAAAGAGAUAUUGAUGUUAAUUCCUGCAGUAAAACUUUUACAGAUAUACUGUUUCAGCUAUCCACAAUGAGCUUAUAAAAAUAAAAAA